CAGACAUCCGGCUGCUUCAUAAAAUAGAAAAUUCCAGUUGAAUUUAUGUUUAAAAAAUACACUAUUUGUACAUGGCCAGUGUAUCAAAUACUGUCAGUAUGAUGGGAGUAGGGCAUUCAAAACCAUUACAACCGAAGAAAAACCCUAUUUCAGACGAUUAUCGAAUUACGGGUAGUGUUUUGGGGCUAGGUAUAAAUGGUAAAGUUGUCGAGUGCUAUUCCCGAGCGACACAAGACAAGUACGCGUUGAAGGUGCUGAGGGAUGUGCCGAAAGCCAGACGAGAAGUAGAUCUUCAUUUUAGGGCUUGCCAAGGCUGUCAGCACAUUGUGAAGAUCAAUGAUGUCUAUGAGAACAACUACUCAGGGCAGCGUUGUCUCCUUGUCGUGAUGGAGUGCAUGGAAGGCGGAGAACUGUUUACAAGAAUUCAAGAAAGAGCUGACUCAGCUUUUACAGAAAGAGAGGCUGCAAGUGUUAUUUCCGACAUCACUAAGGCGAUUGCACAUCUACAUGCUUCGAAUAUUGCACAUCGAGACUUGAAGCCCGAAAACCUGCUGUACUCAAGGAAAGAUGAAAAAGGCAUUUUGAAGUUAACUGAUUUUGGUUUUGCUAAGGAAAUAAACACAUUCAAAUCACUUCAAACACCGUGCUACACACCAUAUUAUGUUGCUCCUGAAGUGUUGGGUCCUGAGAAAUACGACAAAUCAUGUGAUAUGUGGUCACUAGGAGUUAUUAUGUACAUUUUGUUAUGUGGCUAUCCCCCUUUCUACAGUAACCAUGGUGCUACCAUCUCUCCAGGGAUGAAGAAGAGGAUUAGGAAUGGUCAAUACGAGUUUCCUAAUCCUGAGUGGAGCCAGGUCUCCCCAGAUGCAAAGGAGUUGAUCCGAGGCCUGUUGAAGACUGACCCAGACCACCGACUGACAAUCACCGAAGUGCUACAACAUAAAUGGAUUGCUGACAGGACGACUGUUCCACAAACACUGUUGAUGUCUGCCCAGGUUCUAAAGGAAGAAGGAGAUGUUUGGAUAGCUGUACAGGAGGAAAUGACAAAUGCCUUAGCGACUAUGCGAGUGGAUUACGAUCAGUGUGUGAACAUCAAAAACCUUCACGAUUCUAACAACCAUCUGUUAAAAAAACGAAUGAAGAGAGACAGUCAGGAAGGCGAAGCUAUGACAACCUAGGCAGGUUGUCAUAGCAACAUGUUGUAGACAGUUUGUUGAUGUGACUGUUCAAAUAUAUAUAUAUAUAUAUAUAUAUAUAUAUGUAUAUAUAUAAUCAUAUAUAUUAAUAGGUCUUUUUUGUUUUUUUCUCCUUAUAUAUAAUAUGUAUAUACUAGUAGACACAUGUAUAUAUACUGGUAGAAACGUGUGUAUAUAUACUAUAUAUAUAUAUAUAUAUAUAUAUACAAGUAAUAAAGUGAAUACUGGUAACAACAGGCAUACAUAUUAGUAAUAAUAGGUAUAUACUAGUAUUCAUAUGUUAAUUGUGCAUGUGUGAGUUGUUUAGUUUUUUUGUUUUUUUUCAGUCCUCAAAAUUGUUGGGAAAAUUGCAUUCCACAAUAGAAUAACAGAUUUUUAUUAACCUUUAAUUAUGUCAGGUUCUUCAUGGAUACAGAUAUAAAAGGAUUUUCUGUCAUGUUUAGAAGAGAGUCAAUCUCCAAUCAACCAUUCAUGUAAAUUCACACUGAUGAGAAUGAAAAUGUGUACACAUGAGAAAUCUAAUCCUAGGUUUAGACUUCAACUGGCAUGACGAAGUUGGCCAACUUGACGGUUGCAGUGUAACUUCCCCAACUGCUUACUGAUGAUGGGUGAGCCCAGAUUAACAACUAAUCUGUUGUAGAAGUCGUACACAACAAAAAUCAAGUUGUAAAAGUUCUCACACUAGUAACUGAAAGUAGAAAGUUGGCCAACUUUGUGCUGGCAGUUGGUAGUCUGAACCUAGUAUUAAGUUGUGUUAGACUGAAAGUAAAUUAUAUAUAUAUAUAUAUAUAUAUAUAUAUAUAUA